AUGUACUACAAACAGUACUACACGUAUGACCCGGUAUACCGACCUUACUGUCCAGUGUACGUAAUAUAUGAGAUUCCGCGUGAAAAAAAUAUACUUUGCAGUUUAGCUGAAGCAUUAUGUGGUUGUGUAGCAUUUACAAUAACUGCUAUUAGCUCUAUAUUUAUUUGUUCCACUGGAUUACUAUUGAGAAGUUGUGAUAACAAGGAAUAUUGA